UUAUUAUUGUUCAGGAGCAAACAAAGUGUACACAAACAGUAGAUACGUUACACGUUUUGGGGCUACUCCACUUAGUAUACUGGACUGUGUAUUUCGUUGGCGACUCAAUAGUUCUCUUUGAUAGUGCCCAAGAACACGUGCGCGGAUAAUACAUUCUGAUUUUACUCUUUGAGGGAGAGAGGGAGGCGGGAAAGAUUGAAUUGGAGCCUGAAUUCGAGCCUGCGAGAAUAAUCUCCACUUGGAGCAGGAUAUGAACUUUUGCUAUUACAUAUCGUGUAGAACUUUUCUAAUUGUUGAGUUUCAAUGGAAGUUGUAAUACUGUCUAGUGAUUCAAGCUCCCCUCCUUCGCCAAUUGCAAAUUCUCCGGGUAGCAACAAAAGUACUGAACCAGAUGGUGCGAAUAUAGCAGAGAUAAGAGAUUUCCUGAUAAAAUCUACAGUUAACAAAAUACCAAUACACAAUUUUUCUAGUAGUGACGAAUCAGACAACGAGUGUUCACCAGUUUUGGAAAAUAAAAAUUCGUGUGAAUCGGUAGUCAAGAUUACUGAAAAUGACGGAGAUUUUGAAUUCUACCAAAUUGAAGAAACUUACACCCAAAGAGGUUAUGUGUCACAAGUGAAAGAGGAUUUGAUAAAUGUUGAAGUACUGAAUAAUUCUGAUGACAAGUGUAGUGCUCAAGAAAGCAAAACAUCAAAAAAGAAAUCAUUGCAAGAAGAACGUGAAAGACGUUUGAAAGAGAAGGAAGAAAAAAUGGUAGAAAAGGCACGUGAAAAGGCUUUGAAGAAAGCUGCGUCUGAAGCCCAGAAAGCUAAUAGACCUGGUGAAUGUAUGAAACAUAUUCAAGUUUUAAUUGAUCAGAGAUUAUUAACAGAAGAAUAUAGUGGAAAUUUACUCUCUGCACUUCAAGCUGGUCAGAUUCAGUACAGCAUUCAAGAGCAGUUGAGUGAGAAAAUAAUUACGUGGGUAAAAACAGUCUACAGUUACCAUUGUGAUGAUGACGGGAAGGUAAUUUCCAGCACUAAUUUGAAAGAAGAGAAUAUUGUCCUUAUUAUUAUGAUGUCAAAUCAACUAACUCAACUUGUCAGGGAAAUGAAAUUGCGGAGCUAUAUUCAAAAUAUUGCUAAGCAACAUUUGAAGAAAAGAUUGAUAUUAAUUAUUUACAAAUUAGGAGAAUAUUACAGGUUGCAGAAUAUUGAAAAACAACGGAAAUUCAAAACUCAAUGUCGCACAGGGUCAGGAGCAAAAGAGAAACAGAAUGUAGAAAAUCAAGUUUGUCAAAGCGAUAUAGAAAAAGCUUUGAUUGAAAUUCAGAUAUUUGAGAACUGUUCUCAUAGAUUUGUAGAAACAUCGCAAGAUUUCGGUACUCUUAUUGCCCAAUUUACAAAAGCCUUAGCAGAGAAGGAAUUCAAACUUGAAAAACAGAAGAAGGAACAGGAAAACCUGGGGUGGUUUGCUUCUGGAGAUUCUCGAGACACAGUGAAAGUAGAUAAAAGUGGUAAUGGACUUUUGAGAUUAUGGAAACAACAAUUAUGUCAAUUCAACACAGCUAGCCUUGACACAGCAGAAGCUAUUGUUUCUCUUUAUCCUUCUCCAAAGUCACUUAUUCAGGCAUAUGAAAACUGUUUAACUCCAAGACAAGGACAACUAUUACUUCAAGAUAUUGCAGUACGGCGUUGUGCUGGGCCACUGACUUCUGUCCGUAGGGUAGGUCCGGAAUUAAGUAAAAAGAUCUACAACUUCUUUACAUCAAAAAAUGGGGAAUUGUCAUUAUCACUGGAUUCAAAGGACACUUGAAAUAAAAUAUUGUAUUCAAUUUAAGAUCCCAAAAUCAGAAUGAAAUAUGAAUUUAAUUUUUACUUGAAACAUAUUUUACGAUCAUAGUAAUUUUAAUUUUUUGUUUUUAAUGUCUUUAUUAUUACUACAUUUUUAUAUGUAAAUGACAACAUUGCAAAUCUUUGUCUUUAUAAAAUAAAGUAUUUCAACGUUGUGCAUGCAAAAAAGGCCAUGUGAACUGAAUUUAGUAAGAGAAAAUUAACCUGAAGGAACACGCUCAUUUCCAAAAUUUCAAUGAAACACGCCUGUUUUUUUGGCUCAUUUUUCCUUACUAAGGUCACUUCACAUGGCGGAUUUUGCAGGUGUAACGACGAUUUGUUUCUGAUGUAUUUAAAUUUUUUGUAUUAGUAUGUAGGGGAGAAUUUAUUGUAAUAAAAAAUUCAAAAUAUGUACAUAAUAUAUAUUUAUUUUUUCAAAAAUAUGUAUGGAAAAAUAGAAAAUGUGUAAAAUAAAAAUUUGUGAUUGUGUUUCAAAUUGCUCCAUUUGAGUAUUUUCACAUUUUUUAAUACAAAAUGCUGUUGAUGAGAGCUUAUAAUGGUUAUGAAUGUUCUACCUCUACAGAAGUAAUUAAACAAAAG